CUAAUCGCUCAGGCUCUGUACGCGUGAAAGAGACUCGUGUGUCUUUAAGAGAGCCGCAUUACAGGUGAGAUGACGCUGUCUGCGAGACUCCGUGGUGGGGACGAUGCGCUUGGUGGGUUAACCGCGCUCAUUUCUGCCCGUCUCUGAAGCUCAAGAAAAGGUGGUGUCUAUUAUUCACUGCCGAAGACGGCUCCGCGAUUCUUCUCUUCAGACCCAACGCUAAUGCUGUAUCCAUGUGCAAUGCUUUUGACAGCUUUACCCCAACUAAAUUUAAAGGUUGAUGACCCUAUUGAUAUGCUUCCCAAGUCAAGAAAAGCCCUUAGCAUCCAGGAAAUUGCAGCUCUGGCCAGAUCAUCAUUUAAUGGCAUCUCACAGGUAGUGAAAGAUCACAUGACCAAACCCACAACCAUGGCUCAGGGUCGGGUGGCUCAUCUGAUUGAGUGGAAGGGCUGGUCUAAGCCCUCAGACCCUCCAUCUGCUACACUGCAGUCCCACUUUAACUCCUACUCCCAUCUCAGCGAGGGUGAGCAGGAGGCCCGGUUUGCAGCAGGUGUGGCUGAGCAGUUUGCCAUUGCAGAGGCGAAGCUCCGUGCCUGGACCUCUCUAGAUGAGGAGGACAUGGAUGAAGAGUCUUAUGAAGAGGAUCCUCCUCUAAAUGACGAGUCAAUCAUGAGAACUCUGAGCUCAGAUGCUGUAUUAUCCAAUCAAAGCUGCCCAGUGCCAAGUCAGGCUGAGACGGACACACUCAGUCAAACAGAAGCCGACGACCCGCUCCUGUCAGAAGAAGUGCCAGCACAUGCUCAAGAACUCCAGCUUUCAGAAGGCGACAGGUCCACUUGUGCGGUUCACAAACCAGACCGCAGUCCUUUGUGGAGCAAGGGAGACUCGUGCUACUACUCCACCUCCUACUCCGAGUCUGGCCUUACACCUGAGGAUGAGGAGGAAGAGGAGGAUGGGAGAGAGGUGGAGGAAGGGGAGGACAACGUCUUUCAGGAUGUCAUCCGCUGGUACAAACGCUGCCGAAGCAUCUCUGAUACCUCCGGAGCUGUGUCUUUCGAUGAGGAGGGGGAGGAGGAAGAGGAAGACGGUUCCAAGCAGUGACGCUGUGUUCUCACUCGCCCUUUGGUCUCUGUCCCUUUGUAGUAACCCUUCUGUGAAGUGUUUGUCCAGUCUGCUAUGCAUUCAGAGACACUGACUUGUUUUUCUUCUUCAUAUUUUAAAGGGAUCAUUCAUUUAGAAAUGAAAAAAUUCUGUCACCAAUUUUCACUUGCUCUUGUCCGAUCAAAAUCAGACUUUCCUUCUUCUAUGGAACACAAAUAACGUUAGGAAGAAUCAGGGUUAUUACUGAAGCUAAAGUUAAAACCAUAUUUUUAUUUUAAGUUUUCUUUUUUUCUUUUUUAACUUGAGAUAAAUGUUAACUGAAAUAAUUUCUCAUUUAAGUUUAGUUUAGCUUGAUGUACUAAAAAAUGAAAUAUAUAAAAUGAUUGAUAUGAAAAAAAGAUAUGAAAAAAGUUUAUAAAAACUGUAUAGACAAAAUACAAAUGAAAAAAUAAAAAAAAAAACUACAGAAGUAUUCAAAAAUAUAGCUAAAAUUAAAAUGGAAAAUUUUAAAUAAAAAUAUUCAAAAUAUUAAUAAAAACAACAGUAUAAUAGUAUCUCUUUAAUACGAAAAUGUGCAAACCAGUGUUAUUUUAGUAUCAUUGACAAACUAUUAUAAUUGUGUUAAUAUUUUUAUUUUAUUUUUAUUUUAUAAAUAUGUACAUGUAGUUUUUAAAUUUUAUUUUAUUUAUUUUUCCUUAAACAUCUGACUCAAUUUUAACCAAGUUUUGACUAAAAUGAAUGAAAAUGAGAAAUCUCGCCCUAUCAACUAGAAAUAAAAUAAGUAACUUCUUUUAGUUACUUAUACUGUAACUUCUGUUUCAGAUAAUGUUUAUUUCAAGCAAGCUUUUUUUUAUUAUUUUUUUUUUAUGUUGUUUUAGUUUUAGUUAACUAUUAUAACCCUCAGAUGCAAGCUGCUCUUUUCCAAGCAGUGAAUGUGAAUGCCUCUCAAGCAAGAAUGAUGAUGACAUUUUAGCCAAACAAACUGAUAGUACAACUUAGAACACUAAGUCAUGUGGACCACUUAUGAUACUUUAAUGGUGCUUAUUUAAACUUUCACUUUUAUUCAUUUAUUUUCAUUUCAGGUAGCCUAUAAACUUCCGUUGUAAGGAAAAGAGCAGCAUGAACAUUAAUCAUAACCUCACCUCACCUGUGUCACAGUGGAUUCAAAGAUCCACUGAAGAAAGUAACUGAAGAAAGGAUUUCCAUUUUUGAGGAACUCUAAUCUCUUCCUCUCUAUCCCUGCUUCCUCUUGCUCAACAUCUUCUUCAUUUGAAAUGAGCAUCAGAGAAAACCACAGUACUGUUUCCUUGAUCAAGUGGUGAGUAGGAUGAUAGUGACAUUCAGGGUAAUGCAGACGGUCACGUGUCUGUGACGACACAUCGAGAGACUGGAAUAUCUCUGUGAGGAACAUGGUUUCAAACAUUUUCCUUUUGUGACUGUUCAAAAGUGACGUAAUGCUCAUAGUAAAUUGUUGUUAAUACUGCAGUUUCCUGAGGGACAGAAAAAGGCCAGUUGUUCAUCGUAUUUGGGUUUAGAUGUCACACUGCAAGUGCUUGUGUGUGUCGGCUUGCUCCAGGAGGGUUCUGCUCUGAUGGAGCGUUGUAACUAUGAAUAGAAUGUUCCUGUUAUUAUGAUCACUGUGUGAUGUAUAUUACCAAACUAUAGAAGCCCAUUUCUGACACAUUAGAAAAAAUAAUGCUUAGGUAUUACACCAUGACAUAAAAAGUAUUAAGGCUGGGCAAAAUUGUAAAUUUUUUAUAUAACGUAUUGUAGUCUGAUUUCAUUUCUGAUUUCAUUCAUUUCUGAAAUCAUUUGUUCACUUUAAUUCCAAGUUAGUUUCUUUAAUGAUUGAUUAGUCUGAUAAAUCUGUUCAUUGAAUGAACUCGCUUUAAUUUAGUUGUGACUGUAUAAACAUGAAGUUAUCCUUACUUCUGAUGAUGAAAUAUUUUAAUAUAUUACAGGAUGGAUAGAAGGAUAUUUUGUGUGUUAUAUUAUUAUUAUUAUUAUUAUAUUUAUGUUUUAAAAGAUUCCACCACAGGAUCAAAGGAAAGAAUGGAAUACUGAAUAUACAGUAUAUGCAUUAAUAAAAAACUGUGUGUGUAUACUAUGUAUAUAUAUACACACACAUAAACAGUUUUCUAAAAAUUAUUAUUUUUUAAAUAAUAUUGGA